AUGCCGAAAUCAACCCGGGUUGCUGCUUAUUUUGUUCUUCUUUUAGCUUCAUUAACUCUUUUUACUGAAAAUUCCCUGGUUCUUGGAUCCCCUCUUCGACCGAAGAUUCAGAAAAGGCCAGACCCAUUGAGGAAAUUUAAACGAUACAACGGGGAUUAUGAUAUUAGAGAUAUGCAUUACUGGGCUUCUGCAGCAUUUACAGGCAUCCAUGGCUAUGCAAUGGCCGGAAUUUGGUUACUCUUCGGUUUGGGCUGUGGGAGCUUUAUGGUUCUUAAGCAUUGCUCUGGACAUUCUUCUCCAACUGUAUAUCAUGGAGAUUCUUCCUACUUAAUAAUAUUCUUGCUUGUUGUUCUCUUCACUCUUUUUGCUAUAGCUGCAACUUGUGUCAUAAUCGCAGCAAAUCAGAAGUCGCUACAGAGAGCUAACAAGCUUAAAGAAACCAUUUGUGAUGUUGGGAGAGAUUCUUCCCAAGCUAUACGAAGAGUAAACAUAGCCCUUAUAGAUAUGCAAGUGUUGCUACAGCCAUAUGAUCCAGGAACUUGCCACCAAUUGAAUUUGACAACCCAUCGGCUAAGAAGAGAAUCGAUAACUAUUCAACAAUUUGUUUAUGUAACCAGGCAAUCUAGCGAUCAAGCAGAUAAAAUUUUAUAUAUGGCAAAUCUUGUGGUUGUGACAGUCAAUUUGGUGUUCUUAGUUGCUGGAUUAGUUCUACUCUUCCUGCAUUGUCAACCUGGAAUGAUACUCAUAAUCUUUUGCUUCUGGGUAUUGACAACUCUAAUCUGUUUUCUUACCGGUGUUAAUUUCUUCUUCUAUACUUUUAUUAUCGAUACUUGUUCAGCAUUGGAGAAUUUUGUGCAAAACCCCCAAAACAGUAGCCUGUCUAACAUACUUCCAUGUGCACAAUCGAAGAACUAUGACACAACAUUGGUGCAAAUUGGUUAUACUGUUCAUAGUUUCAUAAAAGAGGUAAACUCGAAGAUUUUAGAGGUACAAGGACUAGUUACCCCGAACGAACAAAAAGAAGAUACAUCAAUCCAGGAAGUUUGUAAUCCUUUCUCCGGUGCUCCUAAUUAUAGUUACACACCAGGAAUCUGUGGAAACAAAUCUAUUUCAGUUGGAGAUUUACCAAGUGUCCUUUCGAAAUUCACUUGUUACAAUUCGUCAAGAAAAUGCCUAGCUGACGGGAGAUUUCUUACCGAGUCCUCGUAUAUAAUUGUCUGGGCUUACAGCCAGUCGAUUCAAGGCGUGAUACAUGUAUUUCCCGAUUUGUUGAGGUUGAUGCAAUGCUCAUCCGUGAUAGAAGCGUUCUCAGAUAUCUUUGCGCACCAGUGCAAACCAUUUAAAUUUUCAGUAAAAUUGUUAUGGUCAGCUGCAUUAUCCCUUUCAAUUUUUAUGACGAUUUUGGUAUUACUUUGGUUGGAAAAAGCCAUCCAAGAUAGAGGAAGAUGCUUCAAUAGGUGUUCAAUCUUCCCAAUGCCAGCAGUGUAG